CAUCAUUUAGGAAAAAAAAAAGGAGAAAGAAGGGACCGUGAAAAACAGAGGAGGAGAAACUGAAAGAAUCCAGGGGCGUCGCUUACACCCAAAACACCUCCUCACACAAGGAAUCAAACAUAUGUAGCCAGGUAACAGAAGGUGGGACUGCACUACUGAAACUUUGCUUCAAUUUCUUUGUUGUUGAGAAAUUCUAAAAAGCCAGGGGUGACUAAGCAGGGGGUUUCACUUCCAUCAUCAGCAGAUUCCACUUCCUCCAAAUAAAUUUUGAAUGUUGCGUGGUUCCAUUCCAUUGUAAAUGCAAAUGCGCUACUCCUACCUUAGAAAUCUAUGCACUGGGUUACGUUCACGUUUAGCCAUUAACCGCGGUACUUCCAACCCUCAAUCUUCUUCUUCUUCCAGACUCCAUGAAAUCUCUACGCUCUCAAGUCUCAAGCUUGAGCGACCCUCUGAUUCAGGCGAGUCAUCAGAUGCGGUGUUUAAGCAGAUUUCAUCUAUUUUCUACGGCGGUCAGUCGCUCGAGGGACCUGAUGGUGCCAAUGAGUCUGAAAGAGUGCAAAAUAUGUCAUGGUUGUCAAAUGUAUCUCAGAACAAUAUAUUGUUGCGGCGGAGAGACCAUGCUCGUGAAAGGAAAAGAAAAUUUGAGUUUGAAUUUGCACAAGAAAGCCGUUUUCAGAAGUUAAUUAAAAUAUGUGCUUUGAAACUAGGAACAGAGGCUGCUAUUGAGUUGUUUGGUAAAGUGGGACGAGUACCGGGCUUGAAAGGAUACAAUGCAUUGGUAGAAAUAUGCAUAGACAAGGCUAGGGGAGCUGAUGAUGAAGACAUUGCAAUAGAAGAAAUGGGCAAGGUUUUUCAACUUUUUAAAUCAAUGACGGAACAAGGUUUAAAGCUAGAGGAGCAAACAUAUCGCCCACUUCUUUUGUAUGUAAUUGACAUGCAUAUGGUUGAAGAGUUUCAAUUUUUCUGCCAUGUUAUCAAAGAAGAGAAUCCCAGUUCUGUUACAAGACUGGGUUACUAUGAAUUGAUGCUGUGGUUAAGAGUUAAUAAUGAAGAAAAGAUUCAGGGUAUCUAUAACUAUAUUGCAGAGAAUGAUGGUCAGGACCCUUCUAAUUUGCGAGAAAGCUAUUUGUUGGCCCUUUGUGAGAGUGACCGGAAGGAGAAGAUUUUGGAACUGUUGGAAAUCAUAGACAUAAAAAAGCUUUCAUCUGCCGAAUCUGUAGCAAAGAUAUUUCAGGCAUUAGGAAGGCUACUAUUGGAACCGGUUGCGGAGAAGCUCCUUUUGGACUUCAAAACUAGUAAUUAUGAAGCCGAUAAUAUUACAAACUUCAUUGCUAGUUAUGCUGUUAGCAUUCCAAAUUUAUUGGUUGAGGAUGUCAUAACAAAAUUCAAGGAUUUACACCAAAUGCUAGAAAUUUCACCUUCUUCCUCGUCAUACGAGAAGCUCAUUUUACAUAGCUGUGCAUUGUUCAAGGUGCAUGUCGCUCUCGAUAUAGUUGAUGAAAUGUGUGAAGCCGGCUUGGCAUUAUCAACUGAGGUGUUACACUCCAUAUUACAAAUUUGUGAUGAAACAUCUGAAUAUAAUUUGGUCCAUCGGGUCUUCUCUACCAUACGUCACUACAAUCUGGAAUCAAAUGAUGAAACGUUCAGACGUAUGAUAGAUUUGUUCAUGAAGAUGAAAGAUUUUGAAGGUGCAUACAAGAUGCUUGAUGAUUUGAAGGGAAUGAAUAUGGUGCCGACAACAGGCAUGUACAAUGCCAUAAUGGCAGAAUGUUUUCGAGAGAGAAACAUUAGUGAUGGGGUGAGGGUCUUUGAACAAAUGCAAUGUGCUGAUAUAAAACCUGAUUCACAGACUUACAGCCAUCUGAUUUCCAACUCUGAAACUGAAGAAGAUAUAGUAAAGUAUUAUGAAGAACUGAAGCAUUCUGGAAUGAGAGCUACAAAGCAAAUUUUCACGGCACUCAUAAAUGCUUACGCUUCGUGUGGACAGUUGGAGAAAGCAAAACAGGUAAUCGUAGACCCAUUGAUACCAAUGAGAAGCUUGAACCAAAUCAAGAGUGUUCUUGUCUCAGUUCUUGCAUCACAUGGGCAAUUGUUUGAGGCUUUUCUUAUUUACGAUGAAAUCAAGCAAGCUGGACACACUCUAGAGCCAAAAGAUGUUAUGAGUCUCAUUGAGCACAUUCGUUCCGACGGAGAGUUGGAUAGGUUGCUACUGCUACUUGAGGAAUUGAAAGGUACAGACCAUUGGAAUGAUGCUUGCUGCAGAAUCAUCUUGUACUGUAUUUGGAAUGAACAUUUAAGUUCUGCUAUUGACUUGUGUAAGCUCCUCAAGGAAAAGCUCGAAAGUGAUGAAAAAUUUAUGGAGGUUCUCUUUGAUAAGGUAUUUUCGCUAAUUGAACGGUCAGAUCCGAAUCAUCUGAACACUUGUCUCAAUUUGCUUUCAGAAAUCAGGGAUAAAAUUGGCACUUUGCCUUCACAGAAAUGUUAUGAUUCUCUAUUUUGUGCUCCUGCUGACGCCAUUGAUUCUGAAUGAGGCUCCUUAAUGUAUAUGUAGUGCUCCUCAUCAAAUUUGUUACUAAUAGGUGCUGAUGUACAUACAAAUUGACCCCUCUAACAAAUUUUAUAACCAAUUUUCACAGAGUGCAGUUUUAGAAUUGCCCUCACAAUGUUUUGCUCACAAGGAAAAAGUAUGAUAUUUGUACUAAAUGAUUAUAUUUAAUAUGUUCUCAUGACAAUAUCAAUGCAAUAUUGAUUCUGAUGCAAAGAAAA